UCUAUUGUCUAAACAUAAUUAGUUCCGGUGUAUGUCAUGUAUUUUGGUGCGGUUAGAGCGCGAGAACUGGCCAACUUAGCCGUAUUUUUUUGACGCUUUUGGAGUGAAUUAACUUGAAUCAUGGCAGGAAGAUUGUCGACCAGACGAAGCGGAGAUAGUUUGGAGAGUGAGCGUCAGAAUUUCAUUAAACAGCAGACCAUCAGUGUAUCCAAAGCCAUCAAUGCUGUGGAAGCGCCAGUCAAAGUCAAACAUGCCAGGAGCAUAAUAAUUGGAUCGUUUACCGAUAAGGGCUUGUCAGUCUUCUGGGCGGCCGUACUCCGGCUUCCGUUACAAACCUCGUCCAUCACGUGCUGGAAGUUCUGCCACACGCUGCAUAAAGUCAUCAGAGACGGCCACCAGAACGUUUUGAAGGAUUGUCAACCCCACGCUGGGUACAUUGGACGACUUGGUAGCAACUGGAGUCAUCAUACAGACGGCUAUGGGAGGCUUGUUGGAAAAUAUUGUCAACUUCUCAUCAAUCGACUGGAGUUUAGUAGAAAGCAUCCUCUCUUUCCUGGGGACCUGAGACUUGCCUCUCCGGAAAGUGACCUGGAAAAAAUGGCCCAGAAUGACAUCAAUGCAUUUUUCCAGAUGUCUGUUGAGAUCUUUGAUCAUCUGGAUGCCUUGCUGGCAUUGGAGGAAGCCAUUUUCAGCACCUUCAACUUGGCACGGAGUAUGUCCGUAGCCCCCAACGGCCAAUGUCGUCUGGCACCACUCAUCCCGGUCAUCUUGGACUGUGGGCUCCUGUACGACUACAGCGUCAGACUACUCUUCAAACUUCACGCAUGCCUGCCAGCCGAUACACUGGACGGACACAGGACUCGGUUCUUGAAGCAAUUCCGAGCUCUCAAAGCUUUCUUCCAGACGUCUAGUAACCUCAUGUACUUCCGCAGUCUCAUCCAAGUGCCUAGCCUCCCCGAUGAACCACCGAAUUUCUUCUUGGCAGCUAAGCAGAGCGAUACCUACAUUGAUCCAGCCAUUAUCCUACAGACCAUGGAAUCCUCUACAGACAGCAGCUCAAGAGACAGCCCGCCAUCAAGCGUUUUCUCGGAGCCAAUCUUUGAGGAGUUUCCACCACGUCAGGAGGAGCCACUGUCCAACACAGCCAUGCUUCUUGACUUCAGCUCACCACGCCAGAACGGACAGACGUCAACACCCCAGCCCCCAGUACCACAGAGAGAUGAAAGGGAUUUUCUGAUUGAGCAACUGCAGCAGGAAAUCGAGGAGUUAAAGUUUGAGUUGGAUCGGAUCCAGCGUGAGGAUCAACGGAUUAUUGACGAUCUCAAGAAGAGAGUCCUGUACCUUGAAGACGACUUACAUGAACACAGGCGACUUAUUGAGAACAGUUACCAGGAAAAUGAAGACUUGCAGACCAAAUUAAAAGACGAAACGGUGAAAGCUGAAACUCUGGCCGUCUCUGCUGUCAUGACAGGGCAGCUAGACGAAGCAGAAAAGAAAGCCAAGGUGAACGAAGAGAAAUUCAAAAAGAUGAAAGAUGUGUACAGUAAGCUUCGAGAAGAACAUGUGAAUUUGCUCAGAACGAAUGCAGAGGUCAGUAAACAGCUCAACACCGUGGUCAAGACAACAGAAGAAUCCGAAAAGGCCAAAAUGAACGCGGAAAAGUUUGUGGAGCAGUUGCAACAAUCCGUGGAUGAGAAAUCAGCAGCAGAAGACCGAUUGAAGAGCAAAAUGGCAGCCAAACAGAAACUGAUAUUGGUGGGCGCUAUAGAAGAAGCAGAGCAUAUGAUCAGACAGGUCAUAACACAGCUGGAUGACCCAGCAUAUGCCACAGCGACAUGUACGGCAGAGUAUUUAUUGACACGCUCAGACAACGUGGACCAAUCUCUUAAUAAGCUACAGAAGACGUUCCAGGGGUACUCACAAAACAAGGAGAGUGAGUUGAACUCAUUAGUGCGUCAUGUCUCCUCAUUCUCCUACACUCUUGGCGAGUACAUCUUACAAGGCAAAGCAACAUCCAACAUGGCACCACUCACAUUCAGCGAAGGUUUAUCGAGUGCCUGUAAGUCGGCGGGCGAGAGAUCACUGGAGUUACUUGGGACAUUGAAGGGCAACACGCAGACAGGAGAUAUGGAUAAGAGUAAAGAGAACGUGGAGCAAGAAUUGAAGGAGAUCACUAGAAUUGCUAAGGAAUUGUUACCUCAAGAAGCUGAUAAUCAGGAAGAAUUUGGCGAUCUAGUGGACAAAGAGAUGCAGGCAACAACGGAUGCUGUCGAUAAAGCUGCAGCUAGGAUUGCGGAGAUGUUGCAGAAAUCUCGCCAAGCUGACACAGGCAUCAAACUGGAAGUGAAUGCUAAGAUUCUAGAUUCUUGUAACGAUCUCAUGAGCAGUAUCAAGAUGCUGAUAGAGAAGUCCAAGUCACUACAGAGGGAAAUAGUAGGCGAAGGAAGGGGUACAGCCUCAGCUGGUGAAUUCUACAAGAGACAUCACAGGUGGACGGAGGGACUGAUCUCGGCUGCUAAACUGGUGGGCGUCGGCGCCACACAUCUGGUGGAUGCUUCGGAUAAGUUAAUGCAAGGCAAAGGCAAGUUUGAGGAACUGGAGGUCUGCUCCCAUGAGAUAGCCGCUUGUACGGCUCAGCUGGUAGCGGCUAGCAAAGUCAAAGCCAACAGAGAGAGUGAGAAUUUGAAGGGAUUGCAGGGUGCGUCGCGGGGUGUGGCAUCGUCGACUGCGGCUGUCGUUGCAUCGGCUAAGACUGGAGCUCAACUGAUUGAAGAAGGAGACGUCAAUGACUUCACCAAGCUGUCGUUGACUCAGACCAAACGUUACGAGAUGGAUGCCCAGGUGGCGGUCUUGGAACUCGAGAGCAAACUGGAGAAGGAACGCGUCAAGUUGGCAGAGUUGAGGAAACGACACUACCAGUUGGCUGGAGCCUCAGAAGGCUGGGAUGAGGAGACCAUAGCUCAUAGCUAGUCUCUAACACCAAAGGAUCCAAAUGCGGAAGGAUUCCUGGACAAGCCAAUUCCAUUGCAGUGAGAAUGCAUCAGCCAAUCAGAAUGGAUCUAUAUUUGUCUGGAUUUCUAUCAGCCAAUCACAUUUGGUUACACUGAACACUUGACCAAUCACAGUGGUUUUAAAUAUGUCAGGAUCUAUCUCAGCCAAUCACAUUUGGUUUCACCGUACACUAAACCAAUCACAGUUGUUUAUAUAUUUGUGAGGAUUUAUCUCAGCCAAUCAUAUUUGGUUUCACUGUAGACUCAACCAAUCACAGUGCUCAAGAAAUGUAGGCUCCACCAAUCACGGGAGCUUCUUAAUUGAUCCAGCCAAUCAGAGUAAAGGAUUAAGUCCAACUUUUAUUUGAGUUAUGUAACCAUAGACACAGGCCAGUUUCAGAGUUUUUGUACAAAUAAAGCGAAAAGAUAUUUUAUGCUCUCGAAGGCAAUAGUUUUGAAAAAGCGAAAAGUGUAAUCUAAAAUAUAAUAGAAAGAAUCUUCAGGCACAAGUUUUUCUUUAUAAUUGAAACUCCUAUCCUUUGACAAAAAAAUCUACUUAAUAUUCCACGAUCUAAAAAUGCCUUGAAUUCCACAUUAUUCCAUUCACUUUUUUGCCUAAUCGAUUUAGUACGUUUAUUUAUUGCAACGUUACUCAAGCAUUACAAGUCGUCUCACCAAGUCUUUUGUCUUAAAACCGAAUCUGAUCAUUGAGGUCAGAAACGCUACAUUUUCAGACAAAAUUUGAUUAUAAAAAAACUGAGAUUUAGAUUGGAACAUUCUGAAUUAUGCUUUCUUGUUUUGCAUAGUGCAUUUAGAUUCAAAAAUGCCGUCAAGUUAUUUUUCAAAGUCUGUCUGAAAUGGUUAUUGUGUAUCAUAUCUAUUAUUAAAGGAAGUGUCUGUAAAUGCUAGUGCAUGACAAAUCCUAAUGUUUGGAAGUAAAGUUUUCCUGACAAAUUGAUGAUGCCCAAAAAUUUAAGUUAAAGUAUUAAUUUACGAGAAGAUCAGGUCGUUUUUAAAAAUCGGAACCGGGUUUUAUUUUUUAUAAUUGCAUUAGUUGAUGGAGGCAAGCAUUUGUGUGAAUGCUGGACAGUGCAGAAUGCGUUCUGUGUUCUAAAAACAUCUAAAUUAGGUCUUUAAAUAAAUAAGUUUGUCACAAAUGUCAUAUUUUUAUUGAUGUCACAGCAAAUUAUUCCAAUUUUGUAUUGGUUGCCUUGGUGUUUUAUUUCUUCAAAUACUUCAUAGCAUUUGACUAAAGAUGUAGAAUUAUUUUCCACGAAUUGUCUGAAGAGCACAAGAACAAUUCGACAUUUAGCAAAGUUCAAACUAGUUUCAUUCACAUUUUGCUUUUGAGGGAAAGUACAUGUAGUCUCGUUCUGUUUUAAAUAUCUUACUGUUGACAAUAUAUUUUGUAUCAUAUGUAUUAUUAUAUCAUAUCUUUGUCGUAAUAUAUGAAUGUACUGGCAUCAUGUACAUUGCUGUAUUUGUAUUUUCUACUUCAAACUAUA